ACGGCGGCGCUGUGCUGCUGGCCGCGCUCCUGCGCCGGGGACUUAGCCGCGGUGGCGUUAGAGCGCUUAGAGCGGCGGCGCGGCUGAAGGCGCCGCGGUGGAAACGACGGCGGCGGGCGCCGCUUCUUUUUUUCCGCCUCCUCCGCGCUGAGCUACGCGCCCGGGUCUCCUCCUUUCGCCGCCGCGGCACGCACUGCGGAUCUCGAGAAGGGAGAGAGAAAGGGAGGUUUUGACGCUGCGACUCCCUCCUCUUCUGAUUUUUUUUGUUGUUGUUGUUUUUUAAUCAUUACUAUCAUCCUUUGCCCCGCUCCGGGGUCCGUGCCGGCGCCAAGGACAGCGGCGGAGCCCCCAGGGAUCGGAGCGCUGCGGAUACGCCUGCCCAGCAGCGCGGGUGCCGGCUCCAGGAGUGGAUUUAUGGACUCGCGGCUGCGUCCGAGCCGUCCGGAGCAGCGCGGGCCGGUGCCCGUGUGGACCGCACGCUGCGGGGAGCGCUGAGAGGGAGACGCGGGAGGAGCCUCAAUCGUGGCAGUGCUCCAACCCCUUGAUUUCUCCCACCGCCUGUUUUUUAUUAUUAUUAUUUUUAAUUUCUACUUCGUUUCACGCGAGCCUUAGACACUGUGAAUGUGUACGGUGCACUGGAUCCAAAUGGGAGUUGGCAGUGUGAGUGGCAUCUUCAGAGGCAGCCGGGGGAUCCCGAGCAGGAGGAAGGACUGAGGCGCUGCCCGUUCCUGCCGUCGUCGCUCCGGAGGUGGCCUGGAUCUUUACCCCGCGGAAGGAGUGCCCACACGCGGCUGGCAUACAUGACUCAGUAGAUCGGUCGCGGCUCUCGCCCAGCCUCUGCCAAACCGCCGCCGCCGCCGCCGCGCGUCCUUUUCGCCUUUUCGCCCCGUCCCGGCGGCCGGGGACAGCGGCAGCCCCCGCCGCCAGGUGCGGGGGGAGCCGGGCGGGGACUCGGGGCCGCCCGCCGGCACCAUGGCAGCGCGGCGGCGCGACGCCUCCGCCUGCAAGUACUGCUGGGGAGCCCUCAUGGUUUUAUGGAGAACUGCGCUGGCCAAGUCCAUCGUUUUAGACCCCAUCUAUUGGAAUUCCUCCAACCCCAAAUUCCUUCCUGGACAAGGAUUGGUACUAUAUCCACAGAUAGGAGACAAACUGGAUAUUAUAUGCCCAAAGGUGGACUCUAAAACUGUUGGCCAGUAUGAAUAUUAUAAGGUCUACAUGGUUGAUAAAGACCAAGCAGAUAGCUGUGCUAUUAGAAAGGACAAUACACCUCUACUCAACUGUGCCAAGCCAGAUCAAGAUGUUAAGUUUACCAUCAAAUUUCAAGAAUUCAGCCCUAAUCUCUGGGGCCUGGAAUUUCAGAAGAACAAAGAUUAUUAUGUCAUAUCAACAUCAAAUGGGUCUUUGGAGGGCCUGAAUAACCAGGAGGGAGGGGUGUGCCAGACAAAAACCAUGAAGAUCCUCAUGAAAGUUGGACAAGAUCCCAAUUCUGCAGGGUUACCUCGGAGCACAGACCCGACCAAGCGCCCUGAGCAGGAAGCUGGUACAAAUGGGAAGAGCUCCACCACGAGUCCCUUUGUGAAGGACCACUCAGGAUCUAGCACAGAUGGCAGUAAGGCUGGGCAUUCCAGUAUACUGGGUUCAGAAGUGGCCUUAUUUGCAGGAAUUGCAUCAGGGUGCAUCAUUUUCAUCGUCAUCAUCAUCACUUUGGUGGUUCUAUUAUUGAAGUAUCGGAGAAGACACAGGAAGCAUUCCCCGCAACACACUACAACUCUCUCACUUAGUACAUUAGCCACCCCAAAACGCAGUGGCAACAACAAUGGUUCUGAGCCCAGUGACAUUAUCAUUCCCCUAAGGACUGCAGACAGUGUUUUUUGCCCCCACUAUGAAAAGGUCAGUGGCGACUAUGGACAUCCAGUGUACAUAGUUCAAGAGAUGCCUCCUCAGAGUCCAGCAAACAUUUACUACAAGGUCUGAGAAACACUCCACCAAUUCUGUGGUACAGUUGAGGCGUAGAGGACACUCACUGGUCAAAUGCUUUCUGUUGGGGUUUGUGAUGACGCCUUGUGCGCUAGCAUUGACUGAAGCACAGAGGGAAGAAGGCAACAGCUCUUUCUGUGAGAGCCAAAUCGAGCUGGACAGCUAACCUAGUCUGUAGAAUUCCUAUCGCGGUGAAUCGGUAUUCACUAAAAGCUGGAAGACUUUUAUGUAGAAGAUGCCCAUUCUGAUUGCUGUACUCUUGUUACAUUCAUCAUCCUCAAAGCCAUGUGCUGCAGGCCUUCAGGCAUGUACAAAAGCCAAGGGAAGAUGGAGUGAUCCGUGGAUGUUAAUAGCUCUAGGCAUCUUUGGAAGGUGCUCUAGGAUAUCAAGCUUGAAAUGCAAUCUUCUGACUUUUGUGUGUCUCUCUCAGUGCAUACUGGAUUUGUCACACAGACCUUGGUGUCUAAGUAAGACUUCCUAAAGUUCUCUUGCUUUAGUCCGUCACUGUUCCAUUUAUUUCUGUUAUUCAGGGCUCUGCCAUCCUUCACAUAAGAUUUUCUUUCACUCCACCUCCUGAAUCACUAAUGGAACAUUAAUGUUUAGAGAUGCGUGCUCCAUCCAUCUGCUACAGCAGCCUCACUUGAAUGGGUAAUGCAUUUUUAGAAAUUGUGUCUUAUAGUAAGGAGCCUUCCAGCCAAAAAGUUAGGCUGUCAACAAGUCAAGAGUAGGACUGGGUGGUGGAGGGAUGGGCUGACUGCAGUUGUAAUUGAAUGCUGCUGCCUCAAAAAUAGAAGCUGGGAAGAAAAAAACCAUUUAGGUAGCACAGCACUUUGGUAUGCUAUGUUUUAAGAGGCAAGUAGGAGACACAAUAACAUGUGCAGUGACUUAGAGCUGCAUUUGAAGGAAUUCACGGUUAUCAAAUACCAGUGUGCAGCAAAAAUAGUACCUUCAAUACAGUAGAACAAAGGGGUAUUGUUAGGAAGUGAACAAGCUUGGAGAGGACAAGACAAUAGAAGGCCGCUAAGGAUAUAUUAGAGCAGGGCUGUUGCGGUACUGGCAAUAAAUUAUACAGCUUUGAAGCUGUAGCAAAAACGUAGUCUGCUUCGGAAGACUUUUAAGCAGACUCAGCUGCUAUACUGUCACAUUAUACUAAACACAGGGAAAGCAUUUAAAAAAAUAGCAGAGAGCCAAAUCUUACCAAGAUGAUUAUAAGCCAACAGGUCAAGUGAGCUGUAAUGCUAUCACUGAUAAAGUUUUGGGGAAAAAACAAACAAAACCUUUCUCAUCUCUAAAAGUAAAACGGAAUUUUUUUCUGACUGAGCCUUUGGAUGCUUUGGUUUAUCCUAGUGCUGUGCCUGCACACUGCCUGUAGGUACUGUAACAGGCACAGCAGUUCGUUGGUGCUCUGUUGCAAAGUUAAAGCACAUAUGGCAAACCUCCUGCAGUCCGUAAGAACAAAAUAAAUAAAUUAUGACACUGAGAUGGAGAAGGAAGAUAUGUCGUAUUUAUAAUAGGUGUAUAGAACACAAGGGAUACAAAGUGAGAGUUUUUAUUCUUUUUUUUUGUUUUGUUUUGUUUUUACUAGUACAUGUUUUGAGAUUGCACAGAAUCUACACCAGAAGAUGUGAAUUUCAUGUGCGGCAAUUAAAUAGUCUUAACUUGUCAUCAUUCUACAUAUGUAUGUGUGCGUGUACAUGUACAUAUAUAUAUCUUUAUGUAUGCAUGUAUAUGCAUACAUUGAAAAGAAGAAACCGAUUCUGGGAAAAACAACCACUAUCCAAAAAUAAUGGUAAUGAGAGCAUAUUAAAAAAAAAAAAAAAAUCCAAAGCCCUUUAAAGGCAUCACAUAAGAGAAAACUGGGAAAUUGGCCCAAAGUGUCAUGAAGUCACAUAUGUAACAACAACAGAGUGUGCCGGCAUAUAUAUUCUGUGUUGUGUUUUCCCUUGCCUUAUGGACUGAAGUGUUCUGUAGAUUUCAUUGAGAUUUGUAGGGGGGUUGUUGAGGUUGAAGUUUUCUCUUUGGCAUGGCUGUUCCCCUACGUCUCCCACUCUGGGGAGGAAAUAAGAAAACUCUACUUUUAUAUGUGCUAUGCAAAUAGACAUUUCUAACAUAGUCAUGUUACUAUGGUAACACUUUGCUUUCUGAUUUGGAAAGAAAAUGUAGCAACAGCAUUUGGGGGUUCUUAGAUCUCUGUUGAGCACCUGCAAGAAAACAAAAAAAAAAAAAAUCUGUCAUAGCAAUGAUCACUCUCUGUUUCCC